AUGAGCAUUCUUUUCGGAUCCCUAUCGCACAAUUUACCGAUUGAGACACAUAAGGCUGGUCUGAUUCUUGAAUAUGUUGGUAAUUCAACAAUUCAAGCAAGUCCUCUUGUUCAGCAAGUACUUAACGGCUCUACUUCUCCCCUUCACACCUCGAUUUACCUCGAGUCAACGUUGAUUCAAUCCACAACCGGGUGCUCAAAUGUGCCAAACUAUAACACUGACAUUUACAGCAACACGUUCCUACGAUUCAUAUUUUCUCGACUUCAAAGUUAUGCUUCCUACAACUUGUCAUACGUGAUGGACCUGGAAUUAGUGGCACCGGUGAUUGACUGUACGUUUGACUUGCUCACAGCUGGUGAUACAAGUAUUGCCCGUGUAUAUUAUCUAGUUCGACGAAAUGAUAAUUCUACACAUAUGAUGCUAUUAUCAACGUCUCUGUCAGCUCAAGAUUACGUAAUUGACAAGCAGCACCAGCAGGGACCUGCUACUCUCCUUCUCGUAGCAGCGAUUGAUGAUGUCCGAGCGACAACAAUUACUCACGACAUCGCCAUCGCGUAUAACUAUCCGUACGUGGCUGAACCAGAGUUCGCGUAUUCAAAGCUUAAUGGAAUCGACGAGAACAACCACUGGCUGCUUCAAACCCUUGCAAACCCACGGACCCGGGACCCUGCGAAGGAUGCCCGUACAGUGCGUCGGUUUGGACGCUAUUUAAGCGAUCCAACGUCUCAAUUGAACAUUAAAAUGUCGCACUGGGAGAUACCGACUAAUCCAGCGGCCGAGUUAGGAAGCAUGUUAUGGCAAAGUCAUAUUGUGUCUCAUGAUUCUUGGGCUUGGACACACGCUGUUCAUGGCCUUUUUGCGCUUGAGGUCAUUUUCAAUUUCGGCGUGCUGUCAUUCAUAAUGUUUCGACGCAUACGCGUUGGCCAAUUUUGGGUUGGAGAUGCAUUUAGCACGAUUUCCAGAACUCUCAUAUUUCGAGGCUUACUUGUAAUACUGUGUAACAUUAUGAACGGGUUCUGGACAAUCACGAAAAUGUGUAUUUUCAUUGGAGAUUCUAUCACGGGUCUCGACGUCAUCUACUAUCGCCCAGAGCUUGUACACGCGGAUUUGCUGGCAGUAUUCCUGUGUGCUUUAACUGUUCUAUGUUAUGCCACACAGGAGCGUGUGACUCCACUGCUUGCUAUUGCAGUAUUCGAACUUAGUUGGCAGUACAAAGUUGAGCUGGUGAAGCUAUUUCCUAUUUCAAAAAGUAGAGUUUCGGGCUUUGCCUUGGCCGACUUAACAGAUGGGCUAGUGGAAGCAACGCCUUAUUUAGAUGCAUUAUCACCAUUAAACCUCAUAACGGCUAACGAGGUUGUCGGUGGUCGACAUCCAGUCGUCUUCUUGACAGCAUUGUCGAUCUUCUCUCCAAUCAUACUGAUUGCUGCCUUCAUUGCAGUCCAGAGAGCAAUUCGAUAUAUCAAGUCAAAGAAAAGUGGCAAGAAUGAACGAUCGAGUGUUUACACGAAGAACUUACCUCCAAUGAAACUCACAUCUUUCGAGGUAGCCACAGGUGCAGCUUUAAGCAAACGCUCUGGGAUCAUAUCCGAUUAUGAAGAUUACACUAUGUGGGAUAAUCGUCCUGCUGCAACUGUCGACGCUGUCUAUGGUAAUGGGUUUUUGGUUGUAAAUGCAAAGUACUUGAUUGGAGCUGAAGACCUUCUACCACUCUUGGUGAUGAAGCUGACAAGUGUUCGAUUUACAAGCAUAUUUGUUUACCAGAUAAGCGAAGCGAGUUCAGUACGAGAGACGGCUGAUCUAGUAUAUCCGUCAACAAUUUCCUGGAACGACUUAAGGCAUAUUGAUGUUGCUAGACUAAUUUAA